UGCACGACACAUUGCCAGUGAAACCGCAAAUCUGUAACGAUGAACAAAUUUAUCUUAUUUCAAUAAAAAAUUGGGAUACAUUUACUUUAAGAACAAAAACAAACGCUUGAAAUAUUAAUUUGUGCAUAAAAGAAACAUUAUCUCGUGUAUUUGUGAUUGGUGAUUUUCCAAGAUGCGCGACUUGUGUGAGUGACUUUGGGAUACAAUAAGUUCGAUGCUAAUGUGUGUGAUUCUUUAAAAUUGGUGGAAAAAUGAGUUUGAAGAGAGAAGUAGAGUUCGGAGAGAGUAAGCCUAAAGAUAGUUCUUGCUAUUUCUGCAAUGAUAUGUUUGAGAUGGGGAAACUACAGAACCACUUAAAGCAAUGCGGCAGUAUACUGGAGCAGUGCCCACUCCGCUGCGACGCGUGGAUACAGAGGAAACACAAAGAGACGCACGUGAAGGAAUGCCCACAAAUGGAAAAGAGUCGUAAUGUCUCGUCUCCAAGUCAUGUGCGUCUCCCUGACCCGACGCCGCCUGUCAUCAUCAAUCACACUUGGAAUCCAAGAUCAAUUCCUUUGGAAGAUUGCGUCUCCUACCUUGAAAAAGAAGUAGCUUCGAUUAAAUUAAUACUAACUGAGGAGUCUGGCCAACGCGAUGUCCAAUCCACUGAGUUGGAAAACCUUCGUUCCAAGCUGGUGCUGGUGGAGGAGCGCUCCCAGCACUUUCUUUCUACCAUCGUGUCUCUGCGAUCCGCGGUGGAUAACGAGGCUGAAAGAGCUGCCAACUGGGCUGCUCAGUUCAAACAUGAUUUGGCUAAUGUGCAACUGGCAUUACAGGAACUCCAAAGUCAGCAGCUGAACACAGUGAUGCGGCUGGAGAGUGCUGUCAGCAGCCUGGUCCACGAACAGCACGAGAGGGAGCUGCUUGAGCAAGCUUUGACGCAACAUGAUAAUAGGAUCCGUACUAUAAAAAGUCUUGAGGAAGUAAUAGAGUACAUAAGGCAGACAGUUGAAGAAGAGAGGGAGAGGAAUGCAGAGAGUCGUGCUAUGCUGGAGAGUGAGCUCAUUGAGUCUCGUCGGUCGACUGAGCAGCUGGGGCAGCUGUCAAAUCUCAGGAUGCAGUUACAAAAUGAGGCUGCUGGAGAUCGACCUACGAUAGACCGCCUGGCAGUGCUGGAGGUGGCGACGGCGAGCGCGCGCGCCGACGUGUCGGAGCACGCCGCGCGCACCGACAUACUCGCCCGCGACCUGCGCGCGCUCACCAAGUCCUACCACAAGAUACGCAGCGAGCUCGCGGACUUCCAGACAAGGGUCUCCUUGGACAGCCCCGAGUUCGGAGGAGAUAACGGUCACCUAAUAUGGAGAAUAGACAAGUUUUCGGCUCGAAUGAAAGAAGCAAAAGAAAACGAUGCGGUACUGACGAGUCCACUUUUCCGUACAAACAAAUACGGUUACACACUUAAGGCAGAAGUAAAUCUAAACGGCAUAGGUAAGUGGAAGGGGCGCCAUAUUACCAGCACCGUGCGGCUCGUGGCCGGCCCCUACGACGCGCUGCUGGAGUGGCCUUGCCAGCUUUCCGUCAACAUCGUACUCAAGGACCAGCCAGCUAAACGCAGUCAGGCGAUGGAUAUAGUAAAAUCUCUAGACCUUCGUCGCAAGUCGUCUUCGACGCGGCAUGACUACGACGAUAGUGGAGAAGACAAGAAUAAGUCCACGGAGACAUUGGACAAGAGCAUCGUGCAGUUGAAGAGGCAGUACAUCUUCAUACCGCACACAAGCUUGGACAAGUUCGAGUAUAUAAAAAAUGAUACCAUGUUCUUCGAAUUCCUUGUUAAUCACUAGCUAAUAUUAGUUUUAGUUUGAAAUGUACGUUGAUUUGAUUUGAAAAUGUGUGCGUUUAACUAAACAGUAAGCCUUUUUUUUUUAUAUGUCCGAAAUGGCAAAUGACUCUACUCCACCUGAUGGUAAGUGGUAGUAGAGUCCAAACGCGACGACGGCCAGUACAGUCGGGAAGAAUGUUCUGUACUAGCCGUCACCACCUUUACUUAAACUCUGUGAUAGAACAACAACAAUUUCAACUGAAAUAUACGAUUCUAAUCGAUAAUUAUUGAUUUCAUAAGUAGUUACUAAACUGUUUUUUAACUAAGCUGUCCAUACUAUGUUCUUGCGUUAUAAAUAUAACUGGAUCGAAUUAGUAGAUUUCGAAAUGAGCAUAGAGCGACCUUUUAAAAUUAAAUCGUAGCAAAAAUGUUGGAAAAUUGGCAUUUGCAUAAAACUUUUGAACAUGUAUUUAAAAAUAAUAUAACUUCAUUGUAACGUAUAAUUGAGAAAAACCGGCUAUGUUUUAUAAGCAACAAUCUGCUUAAAUAAUUUUAAGUCUUGUAAUUUGUAUGUAAUAAAAUUUACUACAUGAUAAUAUAAGAGGACAAAAUGGCGGAUAUCGUGGGUAGAUUUAACUUCACUCACAAAAUACUGACAAUAACGUCUAAAUUAUUUUGACUUCUGACGUAUUUUAUAGUUAUGUUAACCUGAGCUGUUAUCACAAUGGAUAAAUACCUGAGUCUUACUCGAUAACGCUGCUUCAAAUCUGGUCAAACGUUUCAAAUGACUUAUUGCCACUGUUUAUCCUGAAUCCCCUAACCUCGUGACAGUACCGUAAUGGGCCUAGGAGUAGGAGGGCUUUUCAAAAUAACCUUAUGUUUUCGUGAAACAGGAAUUCCAAUUUGUACUCAAUUGGAUUUCCUGUUUAUCAUGAGAAUGAAAUUACACUUUAUAUUAGUGAAGUACGUGAAAACCAGUUGUAACCAGUUAUAAUUGAAUACAUUCCUAGACAAUAUUUGAAAAAUAGACUGACAUCUAGAUUAUAAAAUAUUCUAUUAAAAAAAAACGAUUACCGUAGAAGUAUUGUGGUAUAUGCACAUGACAGGAAAUUCUUUAUGUAUUUGUAUAAGAUAUUUAAAAUCUAUAGGAUAUUUUGAAAAUCUUGGGAACAAAACUACACAACGAACAGUUUUAACGAUUUUUUUAUCUUUACUUUCUAAAUUGUGAGUCGUCGAUUUUAUUAUUUUAUGACAGAAAAGUUCAUGACUUAGGCACAAAUGUUAAAUCAAUAAAAGUAUUUUAUUUUUAUUUAAAAAUGUAGUUAAAAAAUUAACCCACUAUAUUAUAUUUUGUAUUAUAAUAAAAUGAUUGUAAGGA